CCUCUUGGUGACGUGUAUUCUAGUGGACGGGGCUUCUUCAACAACAACACGGCUACUGAUUCAACCACUUCGCUAGCUUGCAAGCAAACACAAAACCUAAACAUUGAAGCUCUUUCGACCAUUUGUGUUAAUAUGAAUCUCAGUGUUUUAAACACAAUUCUGUUUAUAUAUAUACACUCCUUAACUUACAUGCAAUUUGCUUGUUUACUUAAAUAAGCAUAUUUGUUAAAUUCGUACUGAGUUUAGCACUAGGCUAGUUGCUAAUGCUAACUAGCUAGCUAGCUAAUAUGAGUUCACUAAGCUACUGCCCCCUUGCUAAAGAAGAGGUCUGCUGGACGGAGAAAGAAGCUCUGGGGCUGAACAUUAUUGUAAAAGAAGAAGAGGAGAAUAUUACAGUGAAAGGAGAGGAAGAAGCUUUCAGAAUAAAACAAGAGGAAGAAGAGGCUGUUGUAGGGAAAGAAGAGAAGGAACCUUUUGGAGUGAAAGAGGAAGAGGGGAUAGAGGCUGUCACAGUGGAAGAGGAAGAGGAGGAUGUAGAAGCUUUCAGAAUGAAAAAGGAGGAAGAGGCCAUAACAUUGAAAGAAGAGAAGGAACCUUUUGGAGUAAAAGAGGAAGAGGAGGCUAUCUCAAUAAAAGAGGAGGAGGAAGAUGUUUUGGGAGUGACAGAGGAGGAUGAAAAUGGAGAGGAGGAAGAGACUGAAAAUCCUGUUAACACCACAGGGGAGAGACCAGACACAGACGCUCACUGUGACAGCUUGAAGAGUGCUUCAGGGGAACCAGACCCAGAGACGUCCAAACCAGAAAGACGACGACACUGCUCUCAGUGUGGAAAGAGUUUUAGCUGGUUUGGGAACCUGAAACGACAUGAGAGGACACACACAAAGGAGAGACCCUAUCAAUGCAUUCAGUGUGGAAAGAAUUUUAAUUCAUCAGAAUAUAUGAAAAAACAUGAAAAAAUACACUCUAAGCCUUACCACUGCUCCCAGUGUGAAAGAAGUUUUACCCAACGGGGGGACCUGAAAUCACAUGAGAGGACACACACAGGAGAGAAGCCUUACCACUGCUCACAGUGUGAAAGGAAUUUUUUCUCAUCGGGGUCCUUGAAAAGACAUGAGGGGACACACUCUGUGGAAAAACCUUUCCACUGUUCUCAUUGUGAAAAGAGUUUUAGGAAUUUAUGGAACCUGAAAGAACAUGAGCAAAGACACACAAUGGAGAAGCCUUUCCAAUGCUCCCACUGUGGAAUUAAAUUUACAUGGUUUCAACAACUUAAAGAGCAUGAAAGAAUCCACAUUGUAGAGAAAAGUUAUCAGUGCCUCCGGUGUGGAAAGAUAUUUAUGCAGUUAGGGCACCUGAAAGUCCAUGAGGUAACACACACAGGGGAGAAGCCAUACCAAUGCUCCGAGUGUGGAAAGAGAUAUAGCACCUCACAUGGACUUAAAAAUCAUCAGAAAACACACAUUGUGCUCCCACAAUUGUCUCAUAUUUUUGACUGAGAAUGUGUUUUUGUUUUUGAUAUACAUGAAAUCUAAUUAUAGAAAUUGGACUCAAAAAUACAUUUGUAUGAUUUAUUUUUUGUUUUAAAAUAUAAAUUGAAUAUGGAGUGAGUAAGUGCAUGGCUUUCCCAGAUUUCUAUGACGUAUAAUUAAUUACAAUAUGAGUGAAAUCAUUUUCCAAAUAAUGGUAAUUAAGUAUAUUAAAAAAGGUAGCUUUUCUGUGUUGGAACGGUGUGCGUAUCCAGACUACAGAAUGUUGUGGGCGUAUACAAGUCAUUAAAGGGAUACUUUGUGAUUUUGGCAACGAGGCCCUUUAUCUACCUCACCAGAGUCCGAUGAACUCGUGGAUAUUAUUUUUUAGGUGUCCAGUAUGGGGGAAGUUUGAGGUAGGUUUGUGAGUCAGUGCUAACAAGAUGGAAUAGAUGAAUCCACUCAUUUGAAGGGGUAAUCUUACAUACACUAUAUAUACAAAAUGAUGUUGCAUAUCUUAACCCAUAUUCCCACUAUUGAUGAAUAAUAUAAUGAUGUAGGCACUGAAACAGUUGUUCCAUCCCCGAGCCCAACGUGCCCAACGUGCCCAACGUGCCCAGUUCAAUAAAUAAAUAAAGGAGAA